UUUGACUCGGCGGUGCAGAGCGUUCGUCCCAUGCAGUCGUGCGGCGUCUCCCUCGCCGCCGCCGCCUGCGCCGCUGCUCGGAGUCUCGGCUCGGCUUCUUCUGCUGGUGAUGAGGGAAAGAAAAUGGCGGCGGGAAAAGCGAGUGAAACAGAGGAGGACUUUCCGACACUGACAGCCCAGGAGAGGGAGACUCUGGCCGGGAUCGACAGCUCACUGUUUGGAUUUCAGAAGCUUCAUGAAGAUGGCGCCAGAACGAAGGCCCUGUUGAUGAAGGCCGUCCGCUGCUACGAUUCGCUCAUCCUGAAAGCCGAGGGGAAGGUGGAGCCUGAAAUCUUCUGCCAGCUCGGCCACUUCAACCUCCUCCUGGAGGAUUAUCCAAAAGCAUUAUCAGCAUACCAGAGGUACUACAGUUUACAGUCAGACUACUGGAAGAAUGCUGCGUUUCUGUACGGCCUCGGAAUGGUCUACUUCCACUAUAACGCCUUUCAGUGGGCGAUCAAAGCAUUCCAGGAGGUGCUGUACAUUGAUCCGGGGUUCUCCCGGGCCAAGGAGAUCCACCUUCGCCUGGGCCUCAUGUUCAAAGUCAACACAGAUUACGAGUCGAGCCUAAAGCAUUUUCAGCUGGCUUUGAUUGACUCCAACCCCUGCACUUUGUCCAAAGCUGAAAUUCAGUUCCACAUCGCUCAUCUGUAUGAGAUCCAGAAGAGAUACCGAGCUUCCAAGGAGGCGUAUGAGACUCUCCUGCAGACAGAGGACCUGCCUGCACAGGUGAAGGCCACCACCUUGCAGCAGUUAGGCUGGAUGCAUCACACGGUGGAGCAGCUGGGGGACAAAGCCAGCCGGGACAGUUAUGCUAUCCAGUGUCUGCAGAAAUCUGUGGAAGCUGACCCCAACUCGGGACAGUCUUGGUACUUCCUUGGCAGGUGCUACGCGAGUAUUGGCAAAGUCCAGGAUGCCUUUGUCUCUUAUCGGCAAUCCAUAGAUAAAUCUGAGGCCAGCGCGGACACUUGGUGCUCUAUAGGAGUGUUGUACCAGCAGCAGAACCAGCCGAUGGACGCCCUGCAGGCCUACAUCUGCGCCGUGCAGCUGGAUCACAGCCACGCCGCGGCCUGGAUGGACCUGGGCACGCUGUACGAGUCCUGCAACCAGCCGCACGACGCCAUAAAGUGCUACAUCAACGCCACGCGCAGCAAAGGCUGCACCAACACCGCCGCGUUAACCCACCGCAUCAAAUGUCUCCAGGCUCAGUUGAGUAACCCCCAGCUCAGUAGCCUACAGGGUAAAAGUAAAAUGCUCCCUCUUAUUGAGGAGGCAUGGAGCCUACCAAUCCCAGCUGAGCUAACCUCCAGGCAGGGAGGCCUGAGCAGUGCACCGCAGCAGGCCUGUAAGCCCAAUCACAGUGCAGAGGGAGGGGGCUCAGGUCCGUCUCUACCCCCUCACGUGGGCUCGCUGGGCCAGGCGGAGGACCAGUCGUGCCCGGCCAAGAGGAGAAGAGCCGGCAGCCCCGCCAAGAACGACUCAUGGCCCAGUAAUCCACUGCAACAGCCAGCACCCAGCUGGUACCUCUCCCCACAGAAAUUACAGAUGCUGGAGCAGCUGCGCAGUAACCGCGCCAACCUGAAGCCCCCUCAGCUCCAGAUGUUGGAGCAGCUGGAGGCUCAGCUCGCUGUGAUGCAGCAGCACCAGAUGAGGCAAAAUGCGUCAGGGGGUCAGCUUCGUCCCUCGCUCCCCAACGGCCCCACCGCCAACUCCCUCCCCUCGCCCAACCCCAGCCUCCACCCCACGCGGCCCCACCUGGGACCGCCCCGGCACCUUUGCCCGCCCCAGCCGCUGGCCAACGGGCCCGCGGGCUCCGGGCCCCACGGACACUCGGACCCCGCGGGCGACGGCAGCAACGGCAGAACUAAUAAUCAGCCCGGGCCGGCGGCCACAGGACCCAACGGAGACGUGCCUUACCCGCAAGCUGCCGGCAGCGGCAACGCAGCACUGCUACCUCACACCUGCACAAGCACGACGCCACAGGACGCCACGCCGCACCAGGCCCUGCACCUAAACUCCUCUCAGGGGCUUCAAAAGGAGUGUGUUUCACAUGCGACAGGCUCAAACAGUGAGGGGACCCCCUCUCACGCUCAGACCCCCAACUCCGCCCCCCCUCUCCACCCCGCCAAUCAGGUUGGACAUUCCAGUGACGCCCCCUCGCCGCCGCCGCAGCAGACUCAUAACCACCUCCCCUCCCCGCCGUCCCUCCCCCACUCCUCUACCUCAGGUGGUGCUGGACCCGCCGCGUCCGCUACCAAAGACGGCGAAGCUGUCGCCACGCCCCACGGCAGCGGGGGCUCAGACGCCAAGGCGCACGCGCCGCCCCCCGCCGCCGAGGGCGACCCGGCGCCGGCGGAGAGGCUAGCCAAUCACGUCCACUCCGGGGACGGCGACAAGGCGGCGGAAGGUGGUGCUAAGCAAAGCCUUAACGCAGACAAUCCCAGCCUAUCCUCGCUGCUGGCGGUGGAAAAGGGCCCCGAGGAGAGCGAGGCGCCGGCAGAGGGGGCCGCACCCACGACGGCGCCGGAGUCCCAAAAGAAGGUCAACAACAUCCACCCGGCCGCUCUGCCCCCCGCGACCCACCCUCAGGGCAGCUCGGCCGCCUCCUCGCCCAUCUCCGCCAUAUCCACAGCAACGCCGUCGCCCAAAUCCUCCGAACACACCCAGACGGGCGGCCAGAGCCCCCCCAACGCCAACGCCGCCGCCACGUCCACCGCCCGUCAUGCCGUCAACGGCAACGGCAAAGGCGGCAUCUCCGAGGACUCUCAAAGCCCGCUUAAGGCCGAGCCUCCCAGCCUCACGGGUCUCAUAGCGACGCCGCCGCACGGACACAGCUCGUCGUCCUCGUCGUCUUCGUCGUCCUCGAUCUCCAUCUAUCCCAGCUCCACCGACGUGCUGAAGGCCUGCAGAAACCUCGGGAAGAACGGGCUUUCCAACAGCAGCAUCCUUCUGGAUAAGUGCCCCCCGCCCCGGCUGCCACCCCCGCCCUCACCAGCCCUGCCCAAAGACAAGCUCAACCCUCCCACUCCCAGCAUCUAUCUGGAGAACAAGAGGGACGCCUUUUUCCCCCCGCUGCACCAGUUCUGCACAAACCCCUCCAACCCGGUCACCGUCAUCCGAGGCCUGGCCGGAGCGCUCAAACUGGACCUCGGCUUGUUCUCCACCAAGACGCUGGUGGAGGCGAACCCUGAGCACCCGGUGGAGGUCUGGACUCAGCUGCUGCAGCCGGCGGACGAGAACUGGGACCUGAGCGGCACCAAGAAGAUGUGGCGCUGCGAGAGCACGCGCGCUCACACCACCAUCGCCAAAUACGCCCAGUACCAGGCCGCCUCCUUCCAGGAGUCGCUGCGGGAGGAGAACGAAAAGAAGGCACUGAAGGAACCUUUGGACACGGAGCCAUCGUCUGCGGAGAGUGCGACACGAAAACGAAGAGGGCCCUUAAAACACAUCAAAUUCGGGACCAACAUCGACGUCUCCGACGAAAGGAAGUGGAAGCAGCAGCUGCAGGAGCUCAGCAAGCUGCCGGCCUUCGCGCGGGUGGUGUCGGCGGGCAACCUGCUGAGCCACGUGGGCCACACCAUCCUGGGCAUGAACACGGUGCAGCUGUACAUGAAGGUGCCCGGCAGCAGGAUCCCGGGCCACCAGGAGCACAACAACUUCUGCGCCGUCAACAUCAACAUCGGGCCCGGCGACUGCGAGUGGUUCGCCGUGCCCGAGGCCUACUGGGGCGUGAUGAGCAACUUCUGCGAGAAGAACAACAUCAACUUCCUGAUGGGCUCGUGGUGGCCCAACCUGGAGGACCUGUACGAGGCCGACGUGCCGGUCUACCGCUUCAUCCAGCGUCCGGGCGACCUGGUGUGGCUCAACACGGGCACCAUCCACUGGGUGCAGGCCAUCGGCUGGUGCAACAACAUCGGCUGGAACGUGGGACCCCUCACCGCCCACCAGUACAAGCUGGCCGUGGAGCGCUACGAGUGGAACAAGCUCCAGAGCGUCAAGUCCAUGGUUCCCAUGGUGCACCUCUCCUGGAACAUGGCGCGGAACAUCAAAGUGUCCGACCACAAGCUGUUUGAGAUGAUCAAGUACUGCCUGCUGCGGACGCUGAAGCAGUGCCAGUGGGUGAAGGAGGCCCUGACGUCGGCCGGGAAGGAGACGGUUCUGAAGCCGAGGUCCAGGGACGAGCCGGCACACUACUGCACCAUCUGCGAGGUGGAAGUCUUCAACCUGCUGUUCGUGCGCCGCGAGCACCUGUCCAACAAGCAGUGCCUGGUCCACUGCCAAGACUGCGCCCGGAAAGGCAGCGCCCGGCUCGACGACUUCAUGGUGCUGGAGCAGUACAGGAUGGAGGACCUGAUGCAGGUCUACGACCACUUCACAUUAGCCCCUCCUCUUCAUUCAUCUUCAUCUUGACAUUAGGCCUCUCUCUCUCUCUCUCUCUCUUUCUCCUCUUCUGCUCUGGAGCCACGAAGCCCGGCCCGCAGACCCGUGUUCUCAGAGACCGAAUAAAAGAACAGCCAAACGUAAACGGACCCAUUUCUGAUAUUCAGGAAAGCUAAGGCCGUCUCCCCACCACCCCCCUCCCCCCGCGCACCGCCAUCAACCCUCACCACCGCCCCCUCCGUCACGGUCGCCCUCCAUCGCAACGGCUUGAGGCUGAGGCGGCCGAGUGUGUCUGUCUAUGCAACCCUGUUUGAAGCCAGAAGGGGGCGCCACCUGGCCUGACAACAGGACUUUUUUUCUUUUUCUCUCCACCCCUUUCUUCUAAAGACAAUGGUUUUAAUGUUUUACUGGAGGACUUAAUCAAAUACGGUUGGGAGCGAAGAGGCGAGGGAUUUUUAAAGCGUGGUAAAAAAUGUUUUUGUAGAUACUUGUUAACCGUCACAACUGGCAACACCCACCGUAAAAAGACUACUGACUCGACUCCCUCUCUUGUCUUUCUUUAUUUUUAUUUUUUUUAUCCUGGUAACAGGAUGAAAUGUUGGCUUUGAUUUGUGAAACUGCCCCAUGUUUUCUUCUCCCUCCUCCCUCUUCUAAGGAGCACUAGCCUAACCGGUCUUUUAUUAUUUUAUUUUUUUUAAAUGGUAGAUAAGUCGUUUUUUAAGACUCUCUGGACAGCAAAAUCUCCCAAAAAAAAAUUGUAAUGUGAAGAGUUGAGGUCAUUUUUUUUUUCUUCUUCUUCUUCCGUUUUAACUGCUUUUUAUGUUUGUCUUGUUCUUUUCCAAUUUUUUGUUUUUUUUGUUUUUCUUAGUUAAAAAAAAAAAAAGCUUAAUGAAAAAACAAAA